GUGUUAAGGUGCGUUGAGCAUUUAGUUAUGAGUCAAAGAUGGCCACGAAAAGUCGCACAGGUAAUUGUGCUAUAGCCGGAACCGUUGUUUGUUUUAUUUUUAUAAUCAUCGCGUUUUGCACCCCUUAUUGGUUGGCUACUGAUGGCAAAUUACAAGAUCCACAAUUUAUCAGAUUAGGUUUGUGGGAAGUUUGCUUCCAUAAUUUUGAGGACUUCCACCAUCAUUAUGAUUACAAAUUCACUGGUUGCUGGUGGAUAUAUGAAGAGGAAUAUUAUAUAAUACAAGAUUUUCUAUGGCCAAGUUUCUUGUUACUCACACAAUUUUUCUUCACUGUUUCAACAACACUUGUGCUAUUUGGAGCUUUACUCACAUUUACAUACUGCUUCAGUAGUCGUGAUAAUGACAAAUAUAUAAAACUCUUGGUCAGUUUAGGUGUCUGCCAAGCAGCAGCUGGCUUUACAGGCUUAAUUGCUGUUAUAAUAUUUGGAAAUUAUGGAGAUAGCAGAGACUGGAUGCCCAACUGGGAUCACAAUGACCUGGGAUGGUCUUUUGCAUUUGCUUGUAUUGGCUCUUUGUUAUUAUUGCCAACUGGAGCUUUAUAUUUAAUUGAAGCUAGGAAAGCAAACUAUAGAAGAUUGCAGGCUUCACGACCAUCUUCCCAAUAUGACAUGGAUGUCCGGAAGUCUUCACAUACUGACAUAUAAAAAUAAAUUCUUAGUACAUACUCUAAGUUUAACUUGAAAUAUUUAAGUACAAAGAAAGUUAAACAUUUUCAGGUCCGUCCAAAAUAAAACAUAUAU